AUCACCGCACCAUGGAGAAGAUCCUGAGGGCAGCCUUCUGCCCCAACACCGAGCUGCCAGUGUGGGGCUGCCAGGACACCGUGCCAGCUUCAGGAACAGAUUCUAAACCAAAGGAAACAGGUUCCCCUGUGAAUGGGACACCCAACCAGAGAAAGCGGAAGAGGACAUUGUACAGUAAGUGGCAGCAGGUGGAGCUAGAGAGCGUCUUUCAGGUUAUCCCUUAUCCUGACAUCAGUACGAGGGAGCACCUAGCCAAGGUCAUCAGACUGCCCGAGUCUAAAGUGCAGGUUUGGUUCCAGAACCGCAGAGCCAGGAAAAACAAGAGUGGCAAGUCAAACAAGUAUCUCUACGGGAGAGGAUCUUCACUUCAAGCUCAUCACCUCUACUCGAGUUCAGCAUCUUCCUCUCAGGGCUGUAGUCAAAGAGACGCCCUAAUGCCCAUGCCCUUACCUCAUGGACAUCCUGGUCAGCAUGUAUCUUCUUUGCAACAAACUAGAUACCCAUCAUUUCCACAGAUGUCUCGUCCAGUCUCUGAGCAGUUCUCUGAUAAGUCUUAUCCACAAACCUACAGGCAGCAGGACGUGCAGUGGCAGAACGUCACCUCCAUUCCAGACUAUGGUUACAACGCUCCAUUGUAUGAAACCCAACGGGUUGAGGCAUUUACAAUUCCCUCACAAGGAUCAUAUUGGGAGAUGUUUCCUCACACAGUGAAUGAAAAUGGGUCACAGACGUCACUAGGAUAUCUAUCUAAUGUCAUAUACAAUGCCGCCAUUAUUACUAACCUGGGAGAUCUCUAG